AAACUGCCCAAGAAGAAGAAGAAGAAGUGCAGUGUAGAUCGAUUACUUCCCUGCCGAGGAACUACAGCCUCUCUUGCUUGUUGGGACAUAAAGCAUCCUUAUGAAAGACAAAACCACCGCUUUGACUUCUUUCAUGAAACAGAGGAGGAUGGGUCUGAACGACUUCAUUCAGAGGCUCGCCACGAACUCCUACGCCUGCAAGCACCCUGAGGUUCAGUCUAUUCUGAACUUGAGUCCUCCUCAGGAUGCUGAGCUCAUGAACACAAACCCCUCUCCCCCUCCCAGUCCGUCCCAGCAGAUCAACCUCGGCCCGUCCUCCAACCCCUCAGCCAAACCCAGCGACUUCCACUUCCUCAAGGUGAUCGGCAAGGGCAGCUUCGGCAAGGUCCUGCUGGCGCGCCACCGCACGGACGACCAGUUCUACGCCGUCAAAGUCCUACAGAAGAAGGCCAUCCUCAAGAAGAAGGAGGAAAAACACAUCAUGUCCGAGAGGAAUGUGCUGCUGAAGAAUGUCAAGCACCCGUUCCUGGUGGGACUGCACUACUCCUUCCAAACAGCGGACAAACUCUACUUCAUCCUGGACUACAUCAACGGAGGAGAGUUGUUCUACCAUCUACAGAGAGAGCGCUGCUUCCUGGAGCCCAGAGCCAGGUUCUACUCCGCGGAGAUCGCCAGCGCCCUGGGCUACCUCCACUCGCUCAACAUCGUCUACAGGGACCUGAAGCCGGAGAACAUCCUGCUGGACUCGCAGGGACACAUCAUCCUCACAGACUUCGGCCUGUGCAAGGAGAACAUCGAGCCCAACGGGACCACGUCGACCUUCUGCGGUACGCCAGAGUAUUUAGCUCCUGAGGUGCUUCACAAGCAGCCCUACGACAGGACGGUGGACUGGUGGUGUUUAGGAGCUGUUCUCUACGAGAUGCUCUAUGGCCUGCCUCCGUUCUACAGCCGCAACACAGCAGAGAUGUACGACAACAUCCUGAACAAGCCGCUGCAGCUGAAACCCAACAUCUCCAACGCGGCCAGACACUUGCUGGAGGGCCUUCUGCAGAAGGACCGCACCAAGAGGCUGGGCUGCACGGACGACUUUAUCGAAAUCAAGAACCACGUAUUCUUCUCUCCCAUCAGCUGGGAUGAACUCAAUGCCAAGAAGAUCACCCCUCCCUUCAACCCCAACGUGACAGGGCCCAACGACUUGCGGCACUUUGACCCCGAGUUCACAGACGAGCCGGUGCCCAGCUCCAUCGGCUGCUCCCCGGACAGCGCCCUCGUCACGGCCAGCAUCAAAGAGGCGUCAGAGGCCUUCGUGGGCUUCUCCUACGCCCCCUCCAUGGACUCCUACCUAUAGGAUUUAAACACAAGACAAUCAGAUGGACACUAGUUUUAGAUUUACCGGGCAUGAACCGCGUCCACGGACCUGCAUCUUGACCCCACCCGACUUUUCCUCAACGUCAUGGGGAUGGAUGUUUUUCAAACCAACCCCUGCAACAGCUCUGCAUCUACAAAAUGAAAUGUAUACAUGUGUUCUUGUCAUAUUCUCUCCAACUCUUGAAUGCAUUUUGAGAUGACUUGCUACAGGAGGAUCCCUGUAGCUCAAAUGACUCGCUGGGGUUCUAUUCCUCCAUUUUUAACCACGAUUUACCGAUGCACAAAUUCUUCCUCCUUCUGCCUCGGACACAAAACAACAUCCCUCCCCAGUUUUUUUCGAUUUCCCGUCUUUAACCUGAUAGUGGAGGUCCUUUGCACAGAGUUCAGGCAGCUUAACCCCCCCCCCCCCCCCCUUUCCUCAACCCUGAAGUCACAACUGACAAGCACACCCCACCCUCUUUUCUUAAAAGCUGGGAUGCACUGCACCAGCUCUGAAAAUGAAUACCAUCUUUAUCUAUGUAGCGAAGACCUCUUCUACGAUUUGAGAUUGUGUCCUACCCCCCCCCCCCCCGCAGGGAUGUCUCCUGUUUGAGUCUGAACGCGUAGCUCGGAGAUGACAUUCAUUUUGGUGCUUUAGUUUCUUCUAAUUUCCUGUCUGGGUGAUAGAAAAAGGGAGUCCUUUUCCGCUGAAUGUUACAGAGGGGGGUAUUUUUAUUUUUCUCAGAGGUGCCUUUAUUUUUCUUCUCACCAUCAGAACUCACAUCUUGACAGGUUUUUUUGUCAGUGUCCAACCUUAUGACGUCACCGGAGAGGAACGACGACGUAGCACUAAAAUUGCACCCGCACCCGUUCUGUCUUUUUUAACCCGUGAGACGUAGGAACUCGACGGACGUUUCGUGUCUUGGUUUGCACAUAGAAACGACAAGGAUAAUGCUGAUAGAGAGCGAGAGAGCACUGCUGCUAGGUGAGAAAGAGAGUAACGUGUUUGCGUAGUUCUGCUUGCCAACUGUGUCCCCCUCACGUAGUCUUCCAUCCACCUCACGACAAUGUAAUGGCGGCAUGCAGACAGGCCGGCGAACAUUGAAACUGAACAUUCCAUGUUAAUAUUGCUGUCAUGCAGUUUGAUGGUAUUUAAGUUUGUUUGUAUAUUUGGAGUUCUGUGUACUAGUUUUAAUGUAUAUUGAACAAAAGACGACUAAAGGUAUGCUUAAAUAUAUAUAUGUAACAAUUCAUGUUAAAUGUACUGUAAAUUGUAAAAUUGUUCAAAAUUUAAGUGACCAUUGUUUGGUUUGCAAUAAAAGUUUAACUUUA